CAACGCAACCGGGAAGCCUGCCCCGAAACUGCUGAAGUCCAGCCGCAACGGGUCAGUCAAUUGAGCAGGCUGUGCAACGGAACUAGCAUUCACAGAAAGCGCUUCUUCCACAUCUCCAUACUUGAAAGUGUGAAGAAGGGUGUGGUGGUGUAAUCAUUUGAUUAGAACCGACCAUUUAAAACCAUGGCGGCAUCUCAGGUUGUUGCGCGUUUGGGCUUGUUCCAUCCUGGUCUGCAGCGUGCUGAAAUUGGAGAAGUUGGCAAGCAGAGGUCUGAGCAGCAUUGUGUAGGAAGCUUGCAGAAAGGAGGUUAUGGGAGAGUUAUGUUGCAUUGGUGUGAGUUGCAAAAACACAGAGGCCUUUCAGGGGGUACGAAGGCGUUAAGAGAAAGGCCCGCAUACCUUGAAAGACGAGGCGGCAAGGGCCAGAGACGAGUUGUGAAGUGCAUGGCAGAAGUGGACAACGAGGUUGGGGAGAAGCCGACCAAGGGCAGCUCGCAACUGGAGCAGCUUGAGCAGCUUGGCUUUGGGAGCAAAGGAAGCGGAAAGAAAGGAGGGAAAGCGACCACUGUCCGGAGGCCCGCCCCGGAAAGACCGGUGAUUGCUCCUUCGAGUACGGAGCCAAGUCAAGAGCAGGUUUAUGAGCAGUACUACGUCGUCAGCCUUGCGAUCCUCUUCGGAAUCAUCAUUGCAAUGGGGAUUGCCCUCGCGGCGUCAGGCUUCUUCCCUGAGGAUAUAGACGACCUUGUUCUCAAGUAUGUAUACCCUAGCUUCUCUCCUACAAUCGGCGUUUUCUUGUUGGGUUCAAGUUUAUACGGGGUGUACAAGUACCUCGGUGGGGCCAAGCCCAACAGCUAAGUGAGCGAUCGCAGUUGCAAUCUUUGAUGGUUACAGACUGACCAACACACCGUUUUUUUGACAUUUUCCCCGCUUAUUCAUUCAAACAUGCUAUGGGCCUCCAUGAAAUUUCUGCCCGUCUCAGUCCACAGUACUAGGCUGUGUUCACGGAGCUGUCCAGACUCGCAAUGUUUACAAGGAAGCAGAGAAUGGUUUCGCCGAUCCUUAUAG